UAUUCAUACUGUUACGGCCGGAGUACACUUGGUCUUUCUUACAUUAGACUGGCUGAUUUAUUAACUAAACAAGCUGAAAUUAGACCAAAUAAAACAGCGCUAACUAGUGAUUACGAGAACAUCACUAAAACCUAUGGCGAAUUAAAUACAGAUGUAAAUAAACUAGCUAAAGGACUAUUAGAAUUAGGAUUAAAACGUGGUGAUGUUGUUGGCUUAUGGAGUGCUAACACUUACUACUGGCAACAAAUCCAGUUUGCAUGCGCUAGAAUAGGAUUGAUACAAUGUUCAAUUAAUCCGGCGUAUCUAGCUAGUGAGCUAGAUUAUGUGCUGAGAAAUGCCCAAGUUAAAAUGUUAUUCAUGCCUGGUAGUGACAGUAAACAGGGAGCUGUCAAUAAUUUUGCCAAAGUAUUUGAUCAAGUGCUUAGUGAAUCAAAUAAGCAAAAUGGUGAUAAAUUACUUAUUGAAAAAGUAAUUAUAAUGGAUGGCGACAAAUAUAAACUCGAUAACUUAAAUAAGUUAAAUAUACCUGAAUACCUAUUAAGUGAUUUAAUCGCUAAUGAUGGCAUUAUUGAACAAAAUGUGCUUGAUGAAGUCACAUCCGAUGAUCCGGCUAUUAUUAUGUUCACAUCAGGAACUACUGGUAAACCAAAAGGCGCUUAUUUAACACAUUUUACGCUUGGCAACAACGCGCUAAUAGUUGCUAAUUCAUACGAUUUGGACCACGAUGAAAAAUCAUUAUGUUUACCAUUGCCGUUUUUUCACACAUUCGGUCUGCUUGGUAAUUUGGGCAUGUGUGCUACUCCAUAUAAACUUGUAAUACCGAACUGCAAAUACAACGUAAAACAAAUGGUUGAGUCAAUGGCGCGAAAUGAGUGCAGCUAUUUAUACGGCACGCCUACCAUGAUCAUUGACACGGUCAACUAUCUGGAGUCAAACAAACUCAAAUUGCCCUCGCUCAGAGGUCUGAUAGCGGGUGGUUCGCCCAUGCCCAAAGAGGUGGCCUAUCGAGUGCAAAAAGUAAUACCAAGUUGCACAGAUGUCCGGGUGGCCUGGGGUGCGACGGAAGCUGGUUGUAGUGGUUCACUAUCGCGCCAAUCGGAUAGUUUAUACAAUCGUAUUGAAACAGUUGGUCGACCCAUUGAUCAUAUGGAAACAAAAAUAGUGAAUCAGGCAACGAGACAAAUUACUAAAAUCGGUGAGCCUGGUGAAAUAGAAUCUCGAGGUCAUAAUCAAAUGAUAGGUUAUUGGCGUAACCCCAAAAGUACCCAUGAUGCGAUUGAUGCCAGCGGGUGUGACCUGGCUGUUAUGACCGAGGAAGGUUUCAUCAAGAUCAUCGGUCGCACCAAAGAGAUGAUCAUAAGGGGCGGCGAAAAUAUAUACCCCCGCGAAGUGGAAGAGUUGCUACACUCACACCCGGCUAUAAGGGACGCCUAUGUGUGUGGAGUGCCUGACGAUAGAAUGGGCGAAGAGUUGUGCGCAUGGAUUCAGGUUAAAGACGCCGCUGUCAAGCCUACCGAGAGCGAGGUGAAAGAGUUUUGCAAACAAAAGAUUGCACAUUUUAAAGUACCCAGGUACGUGUUAUUCGUGGACAGCUUUCCGCUAACACCUGCCGGGAAAGUGAAAAAGUUUGUGAUGAGGGAAGAGUCGUGCGGUGCGGUCAAACAGGCGGCCAGUAAUAUAGCGGUAGCACUACUGGACCGGGGGAUCAAUCAGUCAUCGCUGAUCGCAUUUUACGGCCCAAACUCUAUACAACACGCAGUACUCAGAGUUGCCGUACAACUACUUGGCGUCACAUUUAUGCCCCUCAGCCCCACCUUUGGAGAGUACGAGGUCACCGAAGAGGUCAGGGCUGUUGGUGCAGACAUUGUCAUGUGCUCGGCCAGAGAUCUUGAUAAAUUCAACAGUUUAUUAGACAGUAAUAAUAAUGAUGAGAUUAGAUUGGUUGUGGUGUUUGAUGGCAAACAUGACGAACACAUGACGUACGACCGGCUCCGGGAGGAGGGGCAGGGGUUGGGCGCAAAGUUGGCUAAAGUGCCCCACUUUGACGUACAAUCAAGAGACGAGACCCUGUUUCUAAUACACACAUCGGGCACAACUGGUGCGCCCAAAUGUGCCCAGGUGCCGCACAGAAUGAUUUUGAACAACGUCCGCAUGUAUAACAGCACUAGGGCCAGCAUGGUCAGCUCGUUCCUCUACCCGUUGGGGCACAUGUCGGGCACUUUUGGCCUGCCUAUGCAACUGUGCACGGGUGGCACCAUGAUCAUGUUUCCCGAUUACGACGACGAGUUUAUCGCACAAUCGGUAGAAAAAUAUCUCAUUAACUCGUUGGGCAUAUUUCCCAAUAUAUGUAAACAGCUGGUGGACCAUGGUCUGUUGGACAAAUACGAUAUGUCUAGUUUAAAAAUGCUGUUCUCCGGCGGAGCUGCGUUUCCGUCCGAUAUCGCCCGCGUGUUCAUUGAUAAGUACGGCUUGAUUUUUGGAGAAGCUUAUGGUAUGACUGAAUGCUGUCCGGUUACAAGUCCAAAUAUAGGUGCAACUCAGUAUGAACCGGGUAAUUGCGGUCAUAUAACCCCCGGCAUUGAGUUAAAAGUGAUAGAUCUGACCACGGGCGAAAGUCUUGGCCCAAACCAUGAUGGUGAAAUAUGCAUUCGAGGUGCCAACUUGAUCACUGGCUAUAGAAACAACACGAAAGCCUGGACUGAGGCGAUGGACGGGGAGGGCUGGUAUAGGACGGGUGAUAUCGGGCACUACGACGACAGGGAGUGUAUAUUUAUUACGGAUAGGCUUAAAGAAGUGGUGCGCAUAGGAGUGGGUCAACACUAUAUCAAUAUAUCUCCCGUAGAGAUCGAGCAAUACUUACUGACCCACCCGUCCAUCGCUGAAGUGGCUGUUGUGGGCGUCAAUAACAAGGCGGGCACUCAUCGGCCCCGGGCUUAUGUUGUGCUCAAAAUUGAACAUAUUGUUACUAGCGCUGAGAUUGAGAAGUUUGUUUCAGACACUCUGGCGUAUACUAAACAACUGACCGGUGGUGUGGUAUUCGUGGACCAAAUCGUGAGGACUAUACUAGGUAACGAGCCCAUGUGCCCCGACCCUGCUGAAAUGCGCGUUUGUUACAAUACGGCCAAAAACGAUUGGGGUAUAAGCGAAACAGUCGGUCAUUCCAAACAAAAAUGGUGUUGCUUUCAAUGGCAAGCCUACGAGUGCCAAAUGGACCUUGGUGUUACCUGUACCGGGGUGGACAAACAAGCAUUUGACACAUCCCAACGGGCCAUACACUUAAAACUACAGGAUGACUGCGCUAAAUACGAUGCCAGCACCUGCGCCGUCUAG